ACGCGUGGCAGGGAGAGAGAGAAAGAGGAUUAACACAGGAAAAAACGAGUCUGUUUUGAAUGAGCAACUUUUCUUCGAUCUGACCAGUUUUGUUAGUUGGGGUUCUUCAAUUUCAGACACAGAUUAACCUAAUUUUUUAUUUUAACGUUGUACCUCUGAAAAUCUCGAAAGAGACUCAUUUGAUUUACUGAGUUCUCAACUUUGGAAGAUAUCUCUGGCUGUCUCUGUAAGUUCUUCUGAUUAUUCUCCUCUUUAUUUUAUUUUUACUCUUUUUUCUGAUUUUGUUGAUCUAGGUUAUUUUUAUAUCAACUCAUUUUCAGAGAUCUAUAUACAUUUUUUUCGGAUUAUAUUUUAUAUUACAAUGUGGUUAGUUCCUUUACUACUGUAGUCAUUUCAAGGAUUUGAUGGAUUUUGUUGAGUAGGAAAUUGGGGGCAAAGGGGUUUUGGUAUUACUCAUAGUAGUUGACGCAAAAUUGAAUGUAGCUUAUGUAUUACUGGUGAUGGUCAACUUUUGAAUGUUGGUUUAGGGAUUUUAUUAGGUAAUAGUUACAAUUGUAAAAUAACACAGAAGUUGUAUAUAUAUGACUUCAAUUAAGAAUAUGAAAUUGAUUGAGAGGGAUAUUCCAACCUUUGUUGCUAGCCAAGAAUCAGUUUGUCUUUGUCAAGUUUAGUUAGGUAUUCGCUUACAUUUUGCUCACGAGAUUCUAAAAGAUUUGCUUGUGGUAGGUAAUAUUUUAGACAUGGAGUUGUAUUCUACUCAUGUAAGUUCCUGUAAUAUAUGACUCUCCGCAUAAAUUUAUAAUUGAUUAUUGUGUUAUGUUAAGGAGCUACUGUUAAGUGGAUGUGGGAAAAUGGUGAUUCAAGACUUGAGUGUCUUGGUAAUAAAACUUGACACUUGCUGGCUUCUUUUCUAGUCUAUAACUCGAUAAGUGAAAGUCUAGCCGUUAUUUAUAUAGAUAUAUAUGGUAUAACUCCUUAAAGAUACUUCUGAUAUCUUUAAGAGGAAACAAGAGUCCUUGCAUGGACAAAAGACACCUUUAUUCUCUAUAUGCUCUUAGGUCUAAGAGAUCAAUAUGCACAAAUUUGUAUUCUUUGUUCUAAAAUUAUAUAAGCUAUCUUAUUGGUUCUCGGCUGAUUGAAUUCUGUAAUGGAAGUAUUCAUACAUAUCUAAUCUCUUGUCACCACUCGGAGCUGCUAAAGAGAAGAAACAUAUAAUCAUUGAAACUGAGGGCAGAAAAACAAAGAAGUCUUUGACUCCUUCAUUAGUCUAAUUUUAAGUGGAUAAGAGGAAACAAGAGUCCUUUCAUGUGUUUGCCAACCAAAAUUCUAGAAUAUAAUGAUAGGUUUGAAGCAUGCCCGUCUUCUGCCAAAUGGCACAUAACAAUAUUGUGGACUUUGUUUUGGGUCUCUCAGCUGCAGCACGUCGUGUGACCAUCUCAGAGUCUCCAAUUGUACCUUCUGCAUCAUCAGGAUUGUCUCUCAGAACAGGUCAGUUAAUGGUUUUGGGUUACCCAAUCCCAGACAGGAUAGCAAUAUGCGACAGGCAUCAUCCCUUCAGGAGUUUUCAACAUUUGGAAAGCAUGACCCUGAAGAAGGCAAGUUAGACUUUGGUAUCAACCAAAGUCUUGUUCGGGCAAAAUUGUCCCGCUCUUUAGAUAGACAAAAUGGUGGUUCGAGCUUUUCAAAGGAGAAAACCUUCUCUGUAGUUCAGUCUAUAAGGAGGAGAUGGACACGAACAGUCAUGGCUAUUUUAUGUCUACUCAUACUUUUCUUCUUGGUAUUUAUAUUCACAAGAUAUGUUGGUCCAUACUGGUCUAAAGAAGCAUCAAAGUUUUAUGUAGUACUUGAUUGUGGAAGUACAGGCACUCGAGUUUAUGUAUACGAGUCUCUUAUCCAUCACGAAGAAGAAAGCAGUCUCCCAAUUGUCUUGACAUCAAUACCCAAAGAUAUUAACAGAAAAUCUAGUUCCAAGGGUUGGCGGGCCUAUCAGCGGAUGGAAACUGAGCCUGGAUUUGAUAAGCUGGUGCGCAAUACAAGUGGCCUGAAGGCGGCAAUAAAGCCACUUCUUAACUGGGCCGAGAAGCAAAUACCUAAGAAUGCUCACAAGAGUACUUCUCUCUUCCUUUAUGCUACUGCAGGGGUUCGUAGGCUUCCACGAUCAGAUUCAGACUGGCUUAUGGAUAAGGCAUGGUCCAUACUAAGGAAAUCAUCAUUUAUGUGCCGGAGAGAUUGGAUUAAGAUUAUCAGUGGCAUGGAGGAAGCUUAUUAUGGAUGGGUUGCUCUUAACUACCACAUGGGCUUGCUUGGGUCUAAACCAGUGAAGGCAACAGUUGGUGCUCUCGAUUUGGGUGGUUCGUCGUUGCAAGUUACAUUUGAGACCAAAGAACAAGUGCAGGAUGACACCAGUUUAAACCUUAGUAUCGGAGCCAUAAACCAUCAUCUCACUGCAUAUUCUCUCUCAGGCUAUGGACUGAAUGAUGCCUUUGACAAAUCUGUGGUUCAUCUUCUGAAGAGGAUUCGUGGAAUUAGUAAGGUAGAUCUAUUUAGUGGCAAGGUUAAAAUUAAGCAUCCAUGUUUGCAGUCAGGGUACAAAGAGAAAUACGUUUGUUCUCAGUGCAUCCCAGUAACCAAAGGAGGUGAGAGUCCUUUAGUUGCGGGAAAGAAUUUGGGUAAAGGUGGAAAACGUGGAAUAGCAGUCCAGUUGCUUGGGGAACCACAUUGGGAAAAAUGUGCUGCCCUUGCGGAAGUGACAGUCAAUUUGUCAGAGUGGUCAAAUUUGAGCCGAGGAAUUGAUUGUCAGACACAACCAUGUGCUCUAAGUGAUAGUAUGCCUCGCCCUCGCGGGCAGUUUUAUGCAAUGUCUGGGUUCUUUGUGGUGUUUCGAUUUUUUAAUUUAACCCCUGAAGCAAAACUUGAUGCCAUAUUGCAGAAGGGUCAGGAAUUCUGCAAAAAGACGUGGGAAGUUGCAAAAAAGAGUGUUGCUCCCCAACCUUUUAUAGAACAGUAUUGCUUUAGGGCUCCAUAUAUUGUGUCACUCUUGAGAGAGGGCUUACAGAUUAGAGACACACAAGUCGUUAUUGGUUCUGGUAGUAUUACUUGGACACUUGGGGUGGCUCUAUUGGAAGCCGGAGGUUCAUUUCCAACUGGGUUGGAGGUCCCUAGGUACAGACUUCUAAAAGUGAAGAUAACUCCAGCCAUUCUUAUUGCCAUGCUGUUAAUCUCACUUAUAUUUCUAGUUUGUGCUCUAUCAUGUGUUGGCAAUUGGAUGCCAAAUUUUUUCCGAAGGCCGUAUCUUCCUAUCAUCAGGCAAAACAGUGGAACUGCUAUCUCUGCUUUCAGAUUCCAGCGAUGGAAUCCUAUCAGUGCUGGAGAUGGGAAGACAAAGACACCGCUGAGUCCUACCAUUUCAGGUUCCCAGCAGAGAGCAUUCAGCAUGGGACAUGGGCUGGGAGGCAGCAGCAUCCAGUUCAUGGAAUCUUCUUUGCACCCUUCAACUAGCAGUGUCGCGCAUAGUUACUCCUCGGGUAGCUUAGGUCAGAUGCAAUUUGACAAUAAUGGGAUGGGAUCCUCCUGGGCCCCUCGAGGUCAGAUGAGGCUACAGAGUAGAAGGUCACAAUCAAGAGAAGACCUUUCAGCAUCCUCCGAGGCACAUUUGGUGAAUGUUUAGAAUCUGAAGACACCGAGGUUUGAGAUUGCAGCAGUUUCUGGAUCUUCAAAACAAACCCAAUAAGGAAAUUUGGGUAUUCCGUUGAUUUAUCAUCUGGGCUGGAGCUUCUGGCGCACACAAUUUUGUUACGAGAUGCAAUACUUACCACUUCCUUGAUUCUUUAAACUGCUCAACAUUGUUCUGCUAUCCUCCCACUCAGUUAACCAUAUUUCACAUUUUGUAAUUUGCACUUGAUCCACUCCUGCCAUUUCACUGUUACUUCUCAAUAUGUUCCCAGUGUCAUCAGAGCAGUUUUUCUCCCGGGGGAUUCAAGUGUGGGACCAGUGACGAUGCGGAUUCCACCGCAACAGAGAGAACCCACCCCUGGUUACCAAUGUGGUCCCAUUUUUUGCUUCGGUUAGAUCUUUUAAUGGAGGUUUGUCACUUGCCUUACUUUGUAAAAAGAAAGAACUAGUUGAAUCUAUAUAAAGUGGAGCAGUUUUUUCUUAUGCAGAUUCUCCUGUAAAUUUUUUGUCUACAACACAUUGUUGUCACAGAUAUCCAUUUCAUUUCACAAUUUUGUUUAUUAAUUCUUGUAUUUCUCUAA